CCUAAUUUAUCUUUUUCAAAAAUCUUGUGUUAAAGGCACCAAGAGCUGGCCCUUUUGUGCCAAGUAUUACAAGGAACCCAACUUGUGAACCUAAAUUACGUUGAAAGAGAAGUUAUCUAUCUAUAUCACACAUACACACACAUACACAAAUCUGUCUUUCUCUUUCAAUCUGCUUACUAUCAAGGCAAGUUUCCAUUUUCUGCUCCUCUAACAAUAUCAAUUGCAGCUCAAAAUAUCUCUUGUUUCCAAAAUCUUCACACAUUUUGGUUUCAUUUUCUUCAUGUGAUGUGAGAAUUUUGAGGUUACAAAAAUGAAGACUAUAAGUGGGUUAGGGAUAGGGUUGAGUUUGGUGUUUGGGUUGCUUCUCUUAGCACUUGUUGCAGAAAUCUUUUACCUUCUGAGAUGGAAGAAGAUCAUAAGCCAAGAGAGCCAAGAAGAAGAACAACAAGCUGGGUACGCUAAGGAACUUAUCCAGCUCCUCUGCUUCAAAAACCAUCAACCUUUACAUGCCAACAAUGGCGGAAGAGAGGCGGAAAUCUCGAGGACACAAGAUAUAGAGCUCGGGUUGAUGAAACACUUGGGUGGAGGAGGAGGAGAGCUAGGGUUUGAAGCAGAGCUCAUGAAGCUUCAUAACCAGAGGUUUCUCUUCACAAUCAUAGAAGAAACAAAAGCAGAUUUGGAAUCUGAUGAUGAGAAAUCAAGAAGCCUGAGUGAUCUCCCGGUUGGAGUAAAUGACUGUACUACCCCUGGUUUCACUCCUCUGGCUUCUCCUUGUGCCCCGAAGUCAUCUCCUUUGGAGUCUUACUCGCACCAUGGAUUCAAUCCUCUGUUCGAGACAGAGGGUGAGCUUGAGUUUAACAAGUUCUUCAGGUCUUCUUCUUCUUCGCCUCCGCCGAAGUUUAAGUUCUUGAGGGAUGCUGAAGAGAAGCUGAGGAGGAGAAUGGUUGAAGAAGCUAGAAAGAGAGAGGAGACAGAGGGUUCGUUUCUGAAGUUCUUGAAUCCUGAGAUGAUGAACAGAGAGAAGAAACAGAGUAGUCAAGAAUCUGAUGAGACGGUGUCGUUUUCAGUUUCUUCUUCUUCAUCAGGUACAGAUCUUAGAACGUUGGACCGGAGAUCAACACUGGUUGUUUAGUGUUUGGACUCUCUUGCUCUACUACUUAAUUUUUAUUUUUGUUGAAAUUUGUAAAAGUAAUUACAAUUUUAACUGUGUGAAUUAUCUUUGUUUUCUAUCA